AUGGAAGUUCUCAAAUUUCUCCUUCUUUCGCUGUUUGCAGCAACAGUUGAUUGGAGUGAAGCAGGGUUGCCCAGCUUAAGGCAGGGGAGCUCUUUGAAAGUUGAGGAAGAGAUUGACUUGGUUUCACCAAACAGAACUUUCUGGGCAACAGUUGAUUGGAGUGAAGCAGGGUUGCCCAGCUUAAGGCAGGGGAGCUCCUUGAAAGUUGAGGAAGAGAGUGACUUCUUGGUUUCACCAAAUGGAACUUUCUCCAGUGGAUUUUACAAGGUUGGCACCAAUGCCUCUUGUUAUUCAAUAUGGUUCACCAAUUCUGUCAAUAAAACAGUUGUCUGGAUGGCUAACAGAGAUAAGCCUGUUAGUGGAAGAGGGUCCAAGCUAACUCUCCACAGAAAUGGCAACUUGGUUUUGACUGAUGGGGUUGGAUCAAUUGUAUGGUCAACCAACACUUUCUCUAAUGCAGGUGUGGAGGCUCGGCUUCAUGAGACCGGAAACUUGGUGUUGAUCAACCAAGCAAAGGAGGUCCUCUGGCAGAGUUUUGAUUCUCCUACAGAUACUCUUCUACCAUCACAGAAACUUGUCAGGAACACAACCUUGGUGUCCAUGAAAAGUCAAGGUACAUACUUAUCUGGAUUCUAUAACUUCAAAUUCGGUGAUAGUAAUGUCUUAUAUCUCGUUUACAAUGGCCCUCAAUUUUCGAGUGCUUAUUGGCCAAUGCCAGGCGUAAAUGUUUUUGACUUUGGUAGAAAACCUUACAAUAGCUCUAGAGUAGCAAUUUUGGAUGGGGUUGGGGAAUUUAUAUCAAGUGACGGUUUGAUGUUUAAUGCAUCUGAUUAUGGGUUUGGUCCAAAGCGUCGUUUAACACUGGAUUAUGACGGCAUGUUAAGAUUGUACAGUCUAGAUGAAUCAACGGGGCUUUGGGAAGUCUCAUGGUUGCCUGAUGCUGUUGGUGUUUGCCUGGUUCAUGGCUUGUGUGGUGAAUACAGUUUGUGCACUUACAAACCACAACCUACUUGUACUUGCCCUUAUGGUUUCUCCCUAAACGAUCCUUCAGAUAAGUCAAAAGGCUGCUCACCUUUGUUCAAUUUGAUUCAUGAUGCAAACAAGUUGGACUUUAUGGAGCUUCCUAACUCAGAUUACUAUGGAUUUGACUUGGAUACCUAUGCUCUUGGAGUUUCUUUUGAAGCAUGCAGGAAUGCGUGCCUAUAUGAUUCAAGAUGCAAAGGAUUUGGAUAUGCUUUGGAUGGAAGAGGACAAUGUUUCCCCAAAAGUUUUCUCCGUAAUGGAUUUCAUAUUCCUAGUACUUUCAUCAGCAUAUAUAUUAAGAUUCCAAAAUUUUUAAUGAGCACAGAUGAAGUCCUAAGGAAGCUAAAACCAUAUGAACUGAACUGUUCUGCAGCACAAGUUGCUCUCCAACAUAGUGAGCCUGAAGUGGAAAAGAGCAAUAAAACUCGCAUGCUCAUGAGGAAUUUGUGA